AUGCUCAGAUGGAGAUGCGAUAACAACACACUUUUCAAACGAAGUAUAAGGACAUUAAAGACAAAUUCGAGCCAUAUUUAUUCUCUCAAAGCUGCGGAAUGUCAAAUUGAGUUUCUUUCGCACAUUACAAAAUGGGAUGCGAUACUGAACUCUAUUUCCAACAGCAAGUCACUCUUAUAUGCAAACAAGUAUGACACUAAGCCACGUGUAUUCUCUUCUGAUGAUCAUACUCAAUUGACUUUUCUGAUAAAACGACAUUUAGAUUCGUUGCUGUUCUCCCAAGACAAGUUGGGCAGGAUUGGGCUGAACUUAUUUCUGGAUAUAUUCCAAGACCGACUUACUACUCCACUGGCUACUACAUUAUUGGCGAGUUUACUAGGCCAAAUCCGCUUAAAUUUUCAUUUUGAUACAAUUCAAGCUGUCAUAACUGGGCUGGAGCACGUAAGAAUCUUUUUAGCUAAUAAUAGAGUCUUUAUUGAUAGUCCGAAGGCAAUUGGUGAAUUUAUCGAUAAUCUUGGAAUUGAUCCGGAAAGCCAUGAAAUUACCAGUAAAGUAUUGAAGGAGAUAGACUAUAAACUUUCUACCGAUGAUAUAGUGCGGGCUGCGAGAGGCACACAUAGGUACGACGUAGUUGAUGUUUCUAAAGGUUGGAAAUGGACCUCGGGUAUACCAGAAACAGAUGAGAAAUACUUGAGAUCUAUAUUUAUUAAGAACAAUAAAUUUGUAUCAAUUAAUGGCGGUGCUCUCGUCCUUAUUUACGAUGGUGAUUUAAUUGAAACAAGAGGCAUAUCACCAACAUUAGAUUACAUGAAUAAUGAAGGAAGGUCACUGGUACUGAUUGUUACUGGGACCUGUGAAAAGGAUGCAUUGAACAUGAUAGCAAUAAACAAUAACAAAAACAAGAGAAAGGGGAAGAAUGUGAAGACCGUCUUGCUGAAAUAUAACUCAGUUGAGAAUGGAAACCUUAGUAUACAAGAAAAUUUUGACCUAUUAGAAUUUCUAAGCUUACCAAAUGGAGUAGGCAGUAUUUACUCUCCAAAAUUUUCCGAUAAUAUUCCUAGUAGCAGGUGCGCCAAUCAGUACUAUGGAACGUUGGAAUCUUUGAAGGCAACAAUUGGAGAAGCUUUUUUAUAUAAUUCCAAUGGACUUUCUGAGGUGAACACUAGCAGUCCCUGUUUGAAAAAAAGGGUGACUAUAAAUGUGGGGGGAGAAACUAUGGCUGGAAUUGAUGACAGAAGGAAUAUGUAUGAUAACCUAUUUAACAAUCUUCUCUGUCAUGGAUUAUCGGAAGGUUUUAUACCUAGUUAUGGAAUAUCCCUAGUUAAAAGCAUUCCAUAUUUAAGACGGAAGGUCAUCACAUCUUCCUUAAGCAUGAAUGAAAGACUUGGCUACGACAUUCUUUUGUCAGCCUUAACGUCACCAAUGGAAAGGGCCUUGAUGGGCGAAUUUUAUUACAGAAAACAUGAGGCAACCGCCGCAAUAAUCAAAACCAUGGAAAACACCAAAUUUACUGAUGCAUAUCUCACAGUAACUUGUGCACGUCCACAAAAUGUCCUCAGAGGUGCUAAAAUGGAACCGUGGAACAAAGUUGAUGACACUCUAAGAAACAUUAUCAAUUUCAUCAAGGUCAUUACCAGUUGUGGCAACGUAAUAGCCAAGACAUUUGAAAAACCAAGGCGACAGUAA